AAAUCUCUUAUUUUGUCUACGCCCUAUAGUCUAAAACUUCGCGUGUGUGACCCGUGGAACAUUAUUUAUAAUAUGAUCUAAUUAUAGAUUUAUUUCGCGUAUCGAAGUCAAAAGUUAGUUAGAAAAGUGUGCGUGUGUGUAGUGACUCGGUAUCAGUGCACAACGAUUGUAAAAACAUGUGUUUCGAUGUGAAUAUAACUUGGUGAAUAACAUUACCAAUACCAAAGGAUACAUGUCAACAAAUUGCAAUUAUUUCUAGUAGCGGCCGCAGGAGUGUUGUUUGAUUGUGGGAGGAAUUUAAGGGAACUUUGUCGGUUAUUGUAAAUUGAAUGUAUGAGUCCGCAAUCGGUGAUAUCGACAGUGUAAUGAACUUAACUUUACUUCCGGUGUUUUCGUGAUGGUGUAUCGUGAUUAGUAUUGUGUGAUAAUACGGCGGGAUGGCGAACCCUACGAUCGGGGUAUCGUUUGACCAAAAUGACAUGACCAGCUGGUACUUUGGCGGGCUGUCUCGUGCGGAGGCCACAAAGCUACUUCUCAAUGAGACUGAAAGCGGAGUCUUCCUCGUCAGGGAUUCCAAAACUAUUCAUGGAGAUUACGUUUUGUGUGUCAGGGAAGAUGAUCGCGUGUCGCACUACAUCAUCAACCGCGUCAUAUCGGCGGACGGUACCACGAGGUUUAGGAUUGGCAAUCAGCUGUUCGCGGACAUGCCGGCGCUAUUGGCCUUCUAUAGAUUGCACUAUUUAGACACGACGCCACUGGUACGGCCGCUGCCUCAAGCGACCGCUCAAGCAGCCCCGACAGCCCCACCUCAUUUAUACCACGUACUCGAGGUGGUGAUCGCCAAAUUUGAUUUUGAUGGCAGUGAUGCAGACGAUCUUCCGUUCCGUCGUGGAGAGAAGCUGAUGGUCAUCAAUCGCGAUGAAGAGCAGUGGUGGACAGCCCGGAACGCUCAGGGCAGAACUGGCUCCAUACCUGUUCCAUACGUGCAGAGGCUUCUAGAUCCAGCCGGUAUGCCAUAUCCACCUAAUGAGGCAAUUAACCAGUUCGGAGAUCCACCCAGCCCACCUAACAUAAAACAACCGCAGAAAGGAACUAACAUGCAGCGGACACUUCCAGCGCUGGCGCGUGUGAGACAGUCGAGGGUUCCCAACGCGUAUGAUAAGACAGCGCUUAAACUACAGGAGGGUGAUAUACUCAAGGUAACAAAAAUGAACAUAAACGGGCAAUGGGAAGGCGAGCUGAACGGUAAAGUCGGUCACUUCCCCUUCACGUACGUGGAGUUCCUCGAUGACGUGGCCAGCUAAACGUGUGACCAAAUAAUAUCCCGCUAAUUAAUCGUGUUGCAAGUGUAAUUUAUAAAAUAAAUUAUAAAAGUGGUUGAAAAGUGAUCGAAGAUAUACAUUUAUUGUAUAAUAUGACAGAUUUUUUCGUGACUCGUGAGAAUGUUACAUAUUUUUAAUCUGUACACGAUAAAUAAAGGACAUUUAUUAUGUAUUACAGUAAGGUAUUGUCACACUUCACUGCAGAAUUAUAUUUAACUUCGUCACGGCAAAU